AUGGAAGUGGCUUUUACAAUUUCUCCAGGUGAGCGGCAGCAUGUGGAGUAUUUAGCGGAUCUCUUUGCUGUUAUUGUGGCGAUUGAAAAAAUUGAAAAAGCAAUGCUGCGAGAUCUCAUUACCCAACAACAAUACGAUACCACCAUUCAUCGUUUAUUAGAAAAGUAUAAAUCCACCGUUUCUCAUCUUGAACAGGGAAGUAAUCCUUAUUAUACCACGAUUGACUCCUUUUGGGAGAAUUACGGCUCCAAGUGCCCAGCGGCCCGCACACGUAUUCAACUUGGCUUUGAAGGGGCAAAACAACAACAACAAGAACAACAACAAGCAGGUCGUGUAAAUCCACGAUUAGUGUUGGAAUGUGGACAGUAUUUUAUUACUUUAAUGGAUUCUCUUAAAUUGCAGCAAACGGCAGUGGAUCAACUCUACACACUUCUUACAGAUCUUAUUCAAGGAUUAAAGAGAUUGAAUGUAGAGGAACAGGAUUUCUUUCAACGGCUUCUCAUGUGGAAAAAGAAGUUAGAUACGAUGAAUGCCUCAGAUGAAUUGAAUGAGAAGGACACAAGGGAGUUUGCCUUUGUGUUAGAGCGUGGUUAUCAGGCUUUUCAUGGAUAUCUUAGUGAGACAAGUGGAAGUGUAGUGUCAAGGUCAUAA